AUGGCAUCCACACAGAUGGACACGACUCCUGCCGCGGAAACCUCUCACCAAGAUCAGUCCAAGUCCCAAGCUACCGAACUCACUGUCAACGACAUGGCGCCGAGCACUGCGAGCGGUAUGAGCGAUUUGAGACCAUCCUCUGUAGCUAUGGCCGAAGGACAAGAUCCAAGAGUCGUCCAGGAUGAAACGGCCUUGCGCGCCCCAUUGCCGACGUACCAACAGUCAAUGGCAUCCUCUCGAACCACGAUUAGCAGCGAUGUUGGCGACACUCAGCCACAGCCACAACCACAGCCUCUGGCGAACCGAGCUGGCAUGUCCUUUGAGCCAGCGAGUCGGAUGCAGCAGUUGGAUCCUACUACUACGACUACCGAUCUGCAUCUCCGCGGCGGGUGUGAUGGGGCGGAAGAGUGCAUUCCAUGCGUGUGUUGUAUUUGUUUCUGUCUGGCGGAUAUCCUGUCCAUGACAUGA